CGCCUUUCCUCGCGAGAAACGAGUAGCUCAUGCUCGCUGCAGGGGUCGGAGGUCAGGGCGAGCGUCUCCCGGGCCGAAGGAGGAAGAUGGCGGUGGAAUCGCGCGUUACCCAGGAGGAGAUUAAGAAGGAGCCCGAGAAGCCGAUCGACCGCGAGAAGACCUGCCCGCUCCUGCUGCGGGUCUUCACCACCAACAACGGCCGCCACCACCGCAUGGACGAGUUCUCCCGCGGGAACGUGCCCUCGAGCGAGCUGCAGAUCUACACCUGGAUGGAUGCAACCCUGAAAGAACUGACUAGUUUAGUAAAGGAAGUCUACCCAGAAGCCAGAAAGAAGGGCACACACUUCAAUUUUGCAAUUGUUUUUAUGGAUCUUAAAAGACCUGGAUAUCGAGUUAAGGAGAUUGGCAGCACCAUGUCUGGCAGGAAGGGCACUGAUGACUCCAUGACCCUGCAGUCACAGAAGUUCCAAAUAGGGGAUUAUCUGGAUAUAGCCAUCACUCCUCCAAAUCGGGCCCCUCCUUCAGGACGGAUGAGACCAUACUAAAUUCUAUUGACUUUCUUGAAGUUAUUUUUCAGCCAGUUUGUAAAAUAAACUUACUUAAUCUUUUCCUCCCUUGAACCUUGCCAUUAAGCCUUUAAAUUUUAAGCAAAUUGUAACACAUUUAUUUAGGAAUUAGAGUUGGAUGUACUUUGGUAUAUUAAAGAAAAUGUAUGUUUUAAAUCCUUCUGUAAAAUACAAAGAAAAGUGCUCUUAGCAUUCUGUGUAAAACUAUUGUGAAAUACAUGUGUGCAAUUAGCCCAUUUGUGAAAGUUAAUGGUGACGUGGGAGCAGUCUCAACUCAUGGAUUUUUAUUAAGCAGCAGAGGGCAUUUUAAGCCCUAAAGAGGCAGAACAAGAAAGCCAUGGAGUUUGUAUAAAAUGGUGCAGUAUGUUUGUGACCUUAGACUAGAGGCCUGACUAAGACGAGUUGAAGAAGCUAUCUUGUGUUGGAAAAGUUUGGCUCACUUAGGUGACAAGAGCUGGAGAGAUGACUUUGGUUAAGAAAACUUGUUGCUCUUGCAGAGAACCCAGGUCCUAUUACCAGCAUCUCCGUGAUGGCUCACAUUCUAACUCCAGUUCUAGAUGAGAGCCCUUCUCUUGACCUCAGCAUCAAGCAUGCAUGUAGUGGAGAGAGGAAAUGACUCGGUCUAGGCUACAGUGAGCUACUACCUUCAAGAGCCGAGAGUGGAGGGAGAAAGGAAGCAGGUCCUGUGAACUGCGGGAGAACUGCGAAACCUAGUGCCUGCAGGGCAGCUGAGAUGGCUGAGCAGCUGAGUCAUGGACUAGGUGGCAUUUGUUUCAGUACCAGGUGUGUCGAUGUGCGUGCUGGCACAUGUGUGAAGGGCAAGUGAGGAGGGAGAGCUAGUUACUGACAGCUGGGCUUGUCCUACUGCUUAGCUGUGCCAGGUACCUUCUCAAAACCUCCACAGCUGAGGUGCAGUGAUUGACUCCUGUCCACAGGUAAGGCUGUGCCUGCUUGAGUUCAAGGCAGGCAUUUGGAAUAACUGACCCUGCUUUAUUGAAUUCAUACACAAUUAGAAACUCCAAUCUUAAAAAUUCAUGGUAGUUUCCACUUUCAAGGUGGUUAAGAGAGAAUGACUGCCUGUUGGGUUUGUUGUCAUAAACACUCGCCAAUGGCUAUGAUUUCCUAGGGUUGACAAUGAAAUAAACUUCUCAAAGUA